GCCAGAGCCGCCCCCGGGACUGCACUGCUCAGUCCCGCGCCGCGCGCGUGAACCCGCUCCGCGCCUCCACCCCGCGCGUGGUCGCCGCUCCUUCCCAGCGCAGACAUGGCCUCAGGUGCCACUCCCGCGGCCGUGAAGAUUGGAAUAAUUGGUGGGACAGGCCUGGAUGAUCCAGAAAUCUUAGAAGGAAGAACUGAAAAAUAUGUGGAUACUCCAUUUGGCAAGCCUUCUGAUGCCUUAAUUUUGGGGAAGAUAAAGAAUGUUGAUUGCGUCCUCCUUGCAAGGCAUGGGAGGCAGCAUACCAUCAUGCCUUCAAAAGUCAACUAUCAGGCGAACAUCUGGGCCCUGAAGGAGGAGGGCUGUACACACGUCAUAGUGACCACAGCCUGUGGUUCCCUGAGGGAAGAGAUCCAGCCUGGCGAUAUUGUCAUUAUCGACCAGUUCAUCGACAGGACCACCAUAAGGCCUCAGUCCUUCUAUGACGGAAGUCAUUCCUGUGCCAGAGGAGUGUGCCAUAUUCCAAUGGCUGAGCCAUUCUGCCCGAAAACAAGAGAGGUCCUCAUAGAAACUGCUAAGAAGCUAGGACUCCGGUGCCACUCAAAAGGGACAAUGAUCACAAUCGAGGGACCUCGUUUUAGCUCCCGGGCGGAAAGCUUCAUGUUCCGAACCUGGGGGGCGGAUGUUAUCAACAUGACCACAGUUCCAGAGGUGGUUCUUGCUAAGGAGGCUGGGAUGUGCUAUGCAAGUAUUGCCAUGGCAACAGAUUACGACUGCUGGAAGGAGCAUGAGGAAGCGGUUUCAGUGGACCGGGUCUUAAAGACCCUGAAAGAAAAUGCCAAUAAAGCCAAAAGUUUACUUCUAAGUACUAUACCUCAGAUAGGAUCCGUGGAGUGGUCAGAAACCCUCCAUAACCUCAAGAAUAUGGCCCAGUUUUCUGUUUUGUUACCAAGACAUUAAAAUAGCAUGGCUGCCUAGAAGAUGAGACCUUCUAAUUCCAGUCAUUUGGGGAAUUCCUGCUUAACUUGAGAAAAUAUCGAAGAGAUAUGUAGCUUUCAUGCCCUUGCCCAUUAAGGACGAACAAGCGAUAAGACAAGACACUGUCACAUCAGAGAUGUCCUCUAAAAGACUUGGACUGCUUCAAGUAACAGAAAGAAGGCAAAUGACCAGUAAACAUGUGGGAAGAUUCUUACACUUUAGAAAAAAAGACAAGAAGACAUGAUUCACCAUUCUCCCAAUAAAUUUGUAACAAAGGGUGGGCAGUAACAUCCAGUUUCCUAUGUUGCCAAGGAAUACGAAGAAGAAAUGGGACUCUUAGGCUAUUUAUUUUUGUGACUGUAAACUGGUACAAUCUUUUUGGAGGGCAGUUGGGUAAAAUGUACCAAAAGGCUUAAAAGUACUUCCUUUGUGCUGGGUACUCUACUCCUAGGAAUUUAUCUCUAAGAAAUUAUCAGAGAUACAAAUAAUUAUGUAUAAAGAGGGAUGUCUAACAGUAUUAGCAAAUAUUCAAAACAAUCUGAAUAUCCAGCAACUGGAGGUAAAUUGUGGUUAGCUCUAAUUAGAUUUUGAAGAUGCCAGCUGAAGAUCAUGUUUUCACACUUACUGUACUAAAGAAAAAGUUCCUGUACAAUAAGAAAUGAAAAAAGGAUAUGUAUGCAUUUUACAUUACUAAUUGUUUUAAAAUUCUACAUAAAUAUGUACAAAGACUAGAAAAAUGUAAUCUUUUGUCGUUGUAUUUGGAGGGAGGGAUGCUGUAUACUUUCUUUCUUUAAAUUUUCUGUGUCUUCACAUUUUUCUACAAUGAAUAUAAUCAAAUAGUAACGUUGUUAUAAAAAUAUACUUAGAUCCAGUUCUUGAAAACAGUUUCUUGGUAAUGUAGCAAAAGUUAUGACGGUAAUAUUAAGAAGAGUUUUCUUUGAGUUCCAUCUUUAUUUUGUUUAAAAGGUCAUUAAUGACUGUACAGUCAGAACCAUACUUGGGUUUGCAACAACUUGGGGAAAGCUGGGUGUUUAAUACAGAGUCUUAAAUUAUUUAAGGGACUACGUAGACACAUUACAGUGUGUCAGAUAUUUUUUAACUUGAUAUUUGACUUUGUUUCUCCUCCUUUUUAUGAUUUUUGUUUUGUAAUAAAGAAAAUGAAAGCUUG